AUGGUCUCGUUCAAGACGACUUUUCUGGCGCUCGCCAGCGCUGCCGCGGUCGCAGCUGACUACUGGAUUGACCCUGAUUCGGUCAGCAUGUCGGAGAGGAAGGCGUGGUGCAACGACCAGCGUACCAACUGCCCCAUCAUCUGCCUGCAGACCACUGUCGGCUCGCCAAUUGACAACUCGUGCGAUCCGGAAACCCUCACCUACGGCUGCGUCUGCAGCGACGGCCGGCAGCCCAACAUGUCGGAGUACACGCUGACGCUCCCCUACCACGUCUGCAUGCGCUGGGGCGACCAGUGCGUCGAGGCGUGCGGCUCCAACAACCUGUGCGCGGCCGACUGUCGCGAGAAGCACCCGUGCGGCGCGCAGUCGCCCAAGCGCGUCAACGCCACGAGCACCACCACCUCCGCCUCGGCUACGGCCACCUCUACCGCGGAUGCCGGCCAAGUCUUUGACGGCUUCGGCGACGGCUCCUCGGGCGACGGCGAGGAUGACGAGGAUGCGGCCGGCCAGAAGGGCGGCGCUGGUAUGCUCCGGUUUGGUGACUCGUAUGGUGUCGCGCUUGUGGCGGCGGGGUUGUUUGCUGGAUUUGUGGGCUUCCUCUGA